UGCUCCCCUCGCCUCGGAAGUGCAGUGGACGCCGCCGUUGCCGCCGCCCGAUGGCGAGGCUGCGGGAUUGCCUCCCCCGCCUGAUGGUCACGAUCCGGUCCCUGCUCUUCUGGUCCCUGGUCUACUGCUACUGCGGGCUCUGCGCUUCCGUCUACCUGCUCAAACUUUUGUGGAGCAUCGGCAAGGGACCCACGCAGACCUUCCGGAGGGUCGCCCGGGAACACCCUCCAGCGUGCUUAAACGACCCCUCUUUGGGUACCCACUGCUACGUGCGGAUCAAGGAUUCGGGGUUAAGAUUUCAUUAUGUUGCCGCUGGAGAAAGAGGCAAACCACUUAUGCUGCUGCUUCAUGGAUUUCCAGAAUUCUGGUAUUCUUGGCGUCACCAACUAAGGGAAUUUAAAAGUGAAUACAGAGUUGUAGCGUUGGACUUGAGAGGCUAUGGAGAAACAGAUGCUCCCAUUCAUCGAGAGAAUUAUAAAUUGGACUGUCUAAUAACAGAUAUAAAGGAUAUUUUAGACUCUUUAGGGUAUAGCAAAUGUGUUCUUAUUGGUCAUGACUGGGGAGGCAUGAUUGCUUGGCUAAUUGCCAUCUGUUAUCCUGAAAUGGUGAUGAAGCUUAUUGUUAUUAACUUCCCUCAUCCAAAUGUAUUUACAGAAUAUAUUUUACGACACCCUGCUCAGCUGUUCAAAUCCAGCUAUUAUUAUUUCUUCCAAAUACCAUGGUUCCCAGAAUUUAUGUUUUCCAUAAAUGAUUUCAAGGCUUUGAAACAUCUGUUUACUAGUCACAGCACUAGCAUUGGAAGAAAAGGAUGUCAGUUAACAGCAGAAGAUCUUGAAGCUUAUAUUUAUGUUUUUUCUCAGCCUGGAGCAUUAAGUGGUCCAAUUAACCAUUACCGAAAUAUCUUCAGCUGCCUGCCUCUCAAACAUCACAUGGUGAUCACUCCAACACUACUACUGUGGGGAGAGAAAGAUGCAUUUAUGGAGGCUGAGAUGGCUGAAGGCACAAAGGUUUACGUUAAGAACUAUUUCAGGCUAACUAUUUUGUCAGAAGCCAGUCACGGGCUCCAGCAAGAACAACCUGACGUAGUGAACAAAUUGAUAUGGACAUUUCUAAAAGAAGAAACAAGGAGAAAAGACUGGCUUUUUCUGUGACGAGUCUGUAAUGAAAUCUCUAAAUAAUUUUUAAAAAUUGUUCAUCAACUUCUUUAAGCUUCAUUAGGAAAAAUUGUUUUAAUAUGCUUUAUCAUAAAUAAAUAUCCUGACAAAUGACAUCGAAAAAAAUCUGAGAAUGUGUGAACUUGUAACAUAAUGUUGGUUUUUUCCUUGUUGUGUUUUGCACAGAAAAGCAUCUGCCUGAAAAUGUACACACUUGUACAAAAAGGAAGUUGGAGAAAGUGGCUCAGUUUUGGUUUUUCGCGUUCUUUACCCCGUUAAUAUAUGGUGCCUUUUACAAAUGUAUAUUAAGGAUUAGCUGUGCCAUAUUAAAAGGCAA